UACAACUGGGAAUACUCCACCACUAAAGUAUACAGAGAUGCCCUACUUGCCCCCCGGCAGCGACACCCCCACCGCCCUCCCCAUCAUCCCCCGCACGAAACACCGCGCGAAGGACGUUGAUCGCCCAGCGGCAUUACCGUCCAUCAAGAAGAUCACCACUGCUGAAGAUAUCCUCGCUGCCCAGCUCGCCCAUAUCGAUGUGCGCUCCCCCCUCACAGACUCGGAGGAGGAAGAAGGGGAAGAGGAGGAGCAUGAUCCGCCGAUGUUGGAGCACGAGUCGCAGGGACAUCCGUCGCCGGCUGGGACGUCGAUCAGGACAUUGAGUUCGCAGGGUCACGGCGGAGGGGGCGGGGAGCUUCAUCCGCGGUCGUUGUCCAUUUCCCACGAUCUCGGGGGAAAGACGCCCGAUUGUGAGCAUGUUGAACAUGCGCUUCAUACACAAUCGCCCUCCCCUCCCUCAUCCCCAAGUCGGAACGAAGUGUCAUUCAGAGAAGAAGGAGAAGAAGGAGGAGGAGGAGAAGGCGACGGCGAUGAAGUACGGAAAGUAGCAGGCGAGAUGGAAGCUGCUGUCAAAGAACGUACGGGUAUACAGGUCGAGAUCAAGCUUGCUUCGCCGGGGGAGAAGGACGCUGUUAGUAUGUAUAGUGAAGCCAUCUAUGCUUAUACCCAUUCGCUCUAUCUACAAGCAAAGAUAUCUUCAGCUUCGGCAUCAUCGAAAUCGUCGUCGAAUAAAGGGGAGCGGAAAAAGACGGGAAGCUUUGGGAGCAAGAUGAGUGGUAUGGAGAGGAUGGCUCAACAAAAAGCUCUCGCCGCUCGACUCAACGGAUAGCCCACUUCCCAGCUACCUCAUAUACUCUGUAGACUUUUGUCAAAGAAAAACCCGCCGAGUACCCCCGACUCUACAUACACUAUAUAACGCACUUGUAAUAGCAUCUUCCCACCGUUUCGUUAUUUUGGAUUACUUGUAGCAUAGGUUUCUUUCGCGUUCGUUGUGUCUCUUUGGUUAUAGUACAUGGACCUGGACAUGUAUCAUGG